CCAUAAUAAAAAGUUCUGGAACCUUCUGUUUUUCUUCCAAUCAGCCCCUUUAUAAAAUGAGAGUGCUUGUGGCCUCCUCACGCUCACUCGUUUCACUCGUUCUAGGGCUUAUCGAUUCUUCAGAUUCUUCAUCUUUUCAUCCGAUUUUAACGGUUUAAAACCAUGGGGAAGAGCUAUCCAUGUGUUAGUGAGGAGUACAAGAAGGCUGUUGACAAAGCCAGGAGGAAGCUCAGAGGAUUUAUUGCUGACAAGAGAUGUGCUCCUUUGAUGCUCCGUCUUGCAUGGCACUCUGCUGGUACUUAUGAUGUGAACACCAAAAGCGGAGGUCCUUUCGGUACCAUGAGGUACAAGGCUGAGUUGAGCCAUGGUGCCAACAAUGGUCUUGACAUUGCUGUCAGGCUAUUAGAGCCUAUCAAGGAACAAUUUCCCAUCCUUUCAUAUGGUGAUUUCUAUCAGUUGGCCGGUGUUGUUGCUGUCGAAAUUGCUGGAGGUCCUGAAGUUCCUUUCCAUCCGGGAAGGGAGGACAAAGAAGAGCCCCCAGUUGAAGGCCGCCUUCCUGAUGCAACUAAGGGAAACGACCAUUUGAGGGAUGUUUUUGUUAAGACCAUGGGUCUUGACGACAUUGACAUUGUGACACUAUCUGGUGGCCACACUCUGGGGGCUGCCCACAAGGAGCGAUCUGGAUUUGAGGGACCAUGGACUUCCAAUCCCCUUGUCUUCGACAACAGCUACUUCACAGAGCUUCUUGCUGGUGAGAAAGAGGGUCUCCUCAAGCUACCUACCGACAAAGCUCUCCUUGAAGACCCUGUAUUCCGACCCCUGGUUGAGAAAUAUGCUGCUGACGAGGAUGCUUUCUUUGCCGACUAUGCCGUCUCCCACAUGAAACUCUCUGAGUUGGGAUUUGCUGAGGCAUAAGGAGGAUUGUAAGAAAGGAGGGAUGCUGCUACUGGAUUUUUAAUUUGAAAUUUGAAAGUGUUUUUGUAUUGUUGACUAGAGAUUAAGAUUACAAAAAACACAUGGUAGCGCGCAAUGAAUCCCUGGGUUUCGGUUUUUGUUUUAUGGGUUCGCUCCAUUA